GCCGCUUUGACUUCUGUAAAGGCGUGACGCUGGAUGACCAGGACGUACAACAACUCGAGGUUUACGCGCUGACAACAAGUUGAACCAGCUCUGCUAUUGCUGCUAGUACAUAUUCGCCGACUCACCCUCUCCUUUCCGACAUUCCUUCCAGUAAUUUCUCAUUCCUGGCCCCUGCUGGCUCGUCCCAGCAUGUCGACGAUUCAGACAGUUCUGCGGCAUCGGCGUAAUGCCGCUUUUGGGACAAUUGGUCUCGCAGUCUGGUUCUAUAUUUUUGGCCCAACCACCCUGCGGUCAUGGUUCACGCUUGUGUUCUGCCUCGUUGCAGUAAUCUUGUUCCUGUUCAUAGCGAGAGCACAUAUCGCGCCUUACGUCGUCACACGUUUUUCAAAUCAUCUACGUGUGCGAAGCAUCAGUCUUCGCUCGAUUCGUGGUUUAUACUUUCGUCGAGGAGGUCGUACGUGGCAUGUCGAACGUAUUGGGUAUUCCUACAGUUCCUCUGGUGAGGGCAAACCCAGGGGAUUGCUACUCAAGAUUCAAGGUCUCAAAGUCGAGAUUGAGCAGCUAUCGCACGAGCAGCCCGCUCAGACUAGGCAUAGGCGUAGACUCACUCUGGUGGACUUGUCGCCCUCCCCACUAGCUCUGCACUUAUGGUCCCUCAUGUCAACAGUAUAUUGGCUAUUUGACCCUAUAAUCCGCCCUAUGAUCCGGGUUUCUGUCACGUCUAUAUUGAACCAGGUCAUUCACCGCAUCCCUACUCUCACUCAAGCUCUUCGUCUUGAACUUGAAUCGGCUGUCAUCACAUACACUGCUAUCCCAGAUGCCCAACUCGUCAUCGAAGGAGCCACUUUACACGCGCAUUUUGCUUUCAGUCAUCUUCAGGUCCCAGUUCUCCAUUCUCAUAACAUCAAUGGCCAUGGGGACCACAGACCGUCUGCUGCAGCAUUAGCCAUGGGUGCAUGGAAGUCUCGGCUGGGGAUGGGUUUCAAGCGUACGUGGAGACGUGCGUGGGAUAAGACACUGGGCCAGACCAAGGCCUCUUUAGCGUUCGAUCUGACGGUCAAUAAAGUCAUCGGUGACACCCCUCUUCAUAGUCACCUUGGCGGCGAAUCAAUUUUAUAUCUACCUGAGACAGUAACUCUCAGUGGGGCUGCUCGAUUCAGUCCACGAGACGGGACGAUAGAAGCAGAGAGUGUCGAGGUUACUUUGCGCAUCCCAAAUGUCCAUGUCUCGAUCGACCGUUGGCAAUCCAUCCUUGCUAUCAUUGAUAAUCAGAAAACCAAGAAUGCACAAGCUCUUGUCUCACCCUUGCUCGUGUCGCCACUUUCACCCCAAAGGCCUAUGCUCUUGAGUGAAAGUAGCUCUGCAGUACGUGUCUCUGACCGCAUCGCAGUUCAAGAUUCUAACACUCCACUUGAGUCCUAUCAUCGUCCCCACUUUUCAUUGCCGUCCGCUCGUUCUCGCAAGAGAAGGUCUCGCAUGCAAUUGUCUUUGCUAUCCAAGAUACAAGUGGACAUACGUUCAAUCAACGUAACCAAAGCGUUCGGGAGGGACAUUUACAGGGCUUCUGUGCAGGAUGUGUCUUGCGUUUGCGGUCCAAGCGACCCUGAUCACAACUCAUCCCAUCGCGCUUGGCUCGGAUCUCACCGUUCGCCCACGUCGUCCGUUUACUUUUUACGACUCAAAAUUCAGGAAACUACCCUCAGUAGACUCAGCGAUGUCUUCACUAGUAGCCUCCAGGUACUUCUUGUCGGUGCCCUAAAUGCGUCAUUCACGGCAUCAGAAUGGCCAUCAUCUUUGCAGCGAAUUUCACCGGGUGAUCCAAAUCGGCCUCUGUUGCUGAUGGAUCUCAGCCUCGCUGAACUUGCCGUUACAGACCGCUUGGACGUGGUGCAUCGACUAUUAAGCUGCCGACCAAUCUCGCCUCCGCGCGCCUCUCCCUCACUCCCUGACACAUUAUCCCCUAUCCCUCGAAUUAUCGCCGAUAUUGAAGUCGGCCGUCUUUCUGCACGGCUGAUCUGUGCUGAUGUAAUGGGCUCUCAGACGCCAUUUUCCCUAACCUUGGAGUCCAAAGGUUUCAAUGCCCAUUGCACAUCGACGUUCCGCACGAAAUCUUCCAUCACAUGCAAUUCCGUUCAUCCGUACUCUGAUCCAACUGGGCUGUACAUGAUACUGCAGUGGAAUUUUCAUAUGGAGCCUGUCUUCCUGAACCUGAACACAGUCUCUCUUUCGCGAAGAGCGUCGAAACGGUUCUCUACCCAAAAUCCGAACUUGGAAGGGGUUGACAGCUUGCUAUCCCUCGAAGCGGUCGAAGGCAAGGGAACGUUAACUGCUCUAGGGGAAUUCAUUGAUGAUGAACGAUCCGCAUUCAAUUUGCUGCGCACCGAGUCUCUUUUCCUUGAUCUACAUUGCUACACGGAAGGGAUCAUAUUGGAAUUGUGGCAUCCGCAGUCUGUGGCUGCUGUAGGUGCCGUUGUCCCCUUGCUCCUGACGAAGGAGAGCACACCCGCGCCAUCCGAUAAACCUCUCAUGCUGCCUCUGGGUUACGCUGCGUCUGUAUCUGUCGCUCGGCUGGUCGUUUUCGUUACAGGUCAAGAUAUCAAUCCCAACGCCGAAAGCGAUGUCACAUGUGGCGUUGCGUUUAGCACUGGUAUAACAGCGCGGUAUUGUUCCAUCCAUCCAGAGCAAGUUUAUUCUGUGGAACAUUCGAGGGCACGUGCACAGAAUAGACACAAACUCUAUCUUCCUGCGGAUCAUCUCGCAGAAGCAUUGGCUUCCGCAAGGGUUUCUGCGGCGUCCACUGAAAGUACUGCUCAUGGGAAGAUAGUCCUGUGGAACACAUCUCUUCGUUCAGCUGCUGCUGAUACAUAUUCGAUGGACGACCCGUAUAUCUUUGAGAAAGAUGAUCCUGCAUUCGUGGGCAAGCAUAUCGUGUUCUUACACAGAACGGAGGUCGACAUCACUUCCCGGGGGACCAGGUCGCAAAGUUCGUGGAAUUUUCAGUGCAGUGCCAAUACCAUAUCUGCCACCAUUGACCAAGCCCGAGUUUCCUUUGACUUGGGGCAUGUUGUCGCCUCCCUCCUUGCACUUCGAGUAUUACAGAACAUAAUGCCUAAGUUACGACCUGCACAAGCCUCCGGUGGCUCGCGUGUCCUGGGCUUGAGCUUCCGGGGGAUGAUAAAGGCUCUGCAGAUCCAAUGGAAUUUGCCAGGGCAGCAGCCUGUCACGCGGAUCAACUACCUGGAGGCGACCAUUAGCCCUGGGAAUGUGGAGUAUUGCGUUAACUCACUCGUGUUCUGGGUUCCCAUGCCUGCAAAGCCGCAUCGCUGGAGGGAGGCAGAGGAAGGUAGAUGGGAGGAGCUUGGGCGCUUGCAUAGGUGCACAGUUAGUUACGGAGGUAAUCCUAACGACGCUAUCCGGGUUGAAGGGGACAGCAUUCGUUUCGGAGUCCCUUCAGGAUACGUACUCGCGGACUUGCUCCUUGCCAUUGCCCUGGCGAUCAAAGCUUCGCGCCACAUACAUCGUACGGUCGCCACAGGUACAUUCUUUCCUUUCCCUCCUCCAGAGGCCGAAGGUCCGAAGGUUGUGCCAAAUAUCUCGGUGUCCAUCCGUGCCAUAUGCUUAGAGGCAGCAGAUGACCCUUUCGAAUCUCAACUCGGGUUGCUUUGGAGAACUGGCCUUGACGCUGCCAAAGAACGCCUUCAGCGGGAAGAUGCGUUUGACGCCAAAGUCGCUGCGAUAUUAGCUGCAGAAGGAGCUGAUGCUUCGCCGUCACAUAACGCUGCAUUCGGCUCAGACUACCAGUUUGAUGCGGGUCAUUCUAUUUCUGUCGGCGAGGCCCGGGAAAGGCUACACAUGGUCCAUUCUCUUGAUUGGCUUCUGCGACAUCGACAGCGAAGGCAAAAAAGAGCAGUCAAAGAAGAUAAUUUCCACCGAGAUUUCCGAGGACCAAGUCCGUUAAAGCGCCCAACUGAUGUUCCUAAUCUCGUGAACGUGUCUGGUAGCCACCGUACGCCACCCCUAUUCCGCGCAGUCAUCUACGGAUUUCAGCUCCAGCUCUCCCAGCCAUCAUUCCCAUUGGAGCAACUACCUGACUUCUUGCAUGUCCAGGGUCAGGGUGUCCCCAAGGACACUUCUUACACGCUCCUUCUUCCAAUGCAUCUUGAUAUCUCCUUGACAUCUCUUCGAGUCACGCUUCGAGACUAUCCAUUGCCACUCCUUCAUAUCCCGUUCCAUUCUGAAGACAAAAAACUUCCUGUUCUGAGGUUCAUUUCCGACUUGGUCGUCGCCGAGGACAUGGGAGCGUCACAAUCUGUCGAGUGGAUACCUUGUCUCAUCAGCGAGGCUCAGGGAGGCUUUGUUCCCAGCAGCCCUCUUGUUAUCGAAGUUCCCAAAACCAUCAUGCCCGUCAAGACGUACGCUAAUCCCACUGUCCAAGUUAUGACUGAUGGGGUAACAGGCUUUGGCUGGGGCGCGAGCUAUAGUGCAACUACCCAAGAUCUUGUUCGGGUUUUGGAGAGCUUAACAUCAGAAACGCAUGAUCCGUCUCCGACCGUUGGAUUCUGGGAUAAGUUGAGACUCGUUUUCCACUGGACUGUCAAAGUGUCGUUCACCAAUGAGGUCAGGCUCUACAUGAAAGGUACACGUGAUCCAUACACCCUUCAUGAUGAAGGUGCUGGCUUUGCGCUCUGCUGGAAAGGAAAUCCAAAAUUGCUUAUUGGAUUUCCAAAUGACGUCAAUGAACUCAUUCAGGUAUCUAGUGAUACAAUGUCUAUUAUUAUUCCAAAGUUCCAUUGCGAGUGGGAUAUCGCUCAAACCAAGUCGAACGCCAACGAAGCACAUGACACCGCGCCUGAUUGCCUUAAGACGUGUGCAAAACUUAGCUCUGGGGUACGUUUCGGAGUUGGUGUCAUCCUAGAACGGUCCUGCAACAGCGAAGAUUGUACAUCUUGCGUCGGAUCCUCCUUUGACCGCCAUUGCCGCUUUUUCACCUUCCGGCCUCAUUACGAUGUGCAACUCGUGACUAUGAAGACGGACCUAGAUCGACAGAGACUUCACGACUCCUAUAGGGGCUUCCGAUCCGACUUCAUCCACCUCUCCGUAUCUUUGACAUCUUCUCUGCACUCGCAUACCUGCGCUGAUUCAUCUAGCCCGAGUAGUUUCCAUUUGACACCACACGCAUUUGCUCAUUUCUGGUCCUGGUGGGCACUCUUCGACAGCAAUUUGUCCUUGCCAGUCAGACAGGGCACGUAUUAUCCCUCCAAAGCAUUGUCCCCCAAAUUUGCUCGUCAACUUGCGACCAUGAAGUACCGAUUGGUGGUGCCACGCUUAUUCAUAUCUCACGUCUACAUUGACGACACGAGAGACUCUUGGGUUUCUGGAACCACCUCCUUUGUGGGUACCAAGGCUAACGUCGGCCACUUCCAAGCAGAUAUGCACCAAAGAGACCAAGAAUCCAUCGCUCCAGGCGACAGCCAGGACAGCAUCAAGGUUACCUGCGUGCCAUGCUGGGCUACCUUUUCUGAGCCCCUGAAACAAGCCGUUUCUCUGCCGUUCGAAGGCGAGCAGGACCUCAAUAAUCCUACAAGGCCGCCGUCAACAAGUGCUCCCUCCGACUGGAUUGAUACCGACGACUUUGUGGAAACGGAUUGGUCUUCCAAACAUGAACCAGAUAUACAACUCCUUCCAGUGUUACUUUGUUCCAGAUUGACUUAUUUUAAGAAAAACGUCACUUCUGGACCUAUCGAGGACAGCAAAUUUGGUAUAGAGGAUACGCAUACGUGUCUUCUUGGAAGCGAGGCGUCUGUUCCACAGGUUGAAGUUGACCUCGCCAGCCAUCGAAUUGCGCAACUCCAGGACCUUGCCGCGCAACUCCCUGGUGCCAGUGAAGGGACCUCAACUUCCCUGCACAGAAUGAUGGCCUUGUUACAGGACUACGUCAAUCAUUUACGAAUGACCGAAAUUCCUCACACUGGUCCUCGAAGUAGCAACAUUGAAAAUUAUUACAUGCCUUCUGAGACUGUAGCAGCUGAUGAAUGGGCAGAGUUUGAGAAUGUUUACCAAGUUCAUGCUCCCAAGGUUUUCAUGAACAAUUCUAUCCGUGAUAUCAUGCUGCAGUACUACAACUGUUCAAAAGCGCGACAGGGAUUUGAGUAUCAUAUGGCCACGCGUGCUGUUAAGUUCAUCAGGGACCAGGCCGAAGCUGCCGAAGCUGUCUUGUCAACUGGGCCCCUAACCAAUCCCAAAGGCCCUGCGAAUACAGCUCAGACUGCUACAACUGUUCUAAAAAGAAUCUUGAAUCGGGAUCGCAAUGAUGCAUCUAUUGAGGUCGCGGAUGAGGUUGCGGACGAAGAUGGCGCUGUUAAUCCUCUCGCCGGCUGGGACGAAGGGGUGGCAUUGCAAAAGCGCCAUUUCUGCCUUCUUUUGAAGCCCCAGAUCGUUUUGCGGAGUGAAGGAAGUCCUGAUUCCGUUUCCGUUUUGGCUGCUGCCCAGGCUAGACUGCAAUCGUUCACAAUCAUGGACAAGUCCAACCUGGAGGAUCCUAUUAGUGGUACUAUCAUGACCAGGAAUUACAUGUCCUUGGAUGGUCUUCAGACGUUCUGUCCCGUAGACUUGGCAUCCUGUGGCGACGGAUGUGUGCCACUGGAGGUCCUCAUCGACUACCGUUGUGAGAGUGAUACUUUCGACCGAAUAGUUCCCCAGACAAAUGCUACGUGCCAUUACGAUCGGUUCAAUCGCCUUCGUCUACGUAACAAUGUAACAUCGGUCACUCGGUCUGUGCCGGACAAUGAGCACCGUCGAGGCAAAUAUGCUCAUUUACAGAACGAGACAGAUCUGGUCCGGGUCCGUGUCCCUCGGUUCACUGUUUCUGCCAGCGACCGUCACUUCCAAUCCAUAUCUAACAUUAUCACAAACCUCAUACUCUUCUCUGAUGCCGCUCACAAAACUCGGUUGGAGAGGCUUGAGGCUUUGCUGUUUGCCUACGACUUUACAGACUUCAAAUCUGCGGCAAGUGUUGUUUCGGAUCUACAAAGUCGUCUCCGAAACGCCCUUGAGACACGUAGGGAUGCUGAAAAUCAUGCACGAUCGAUCAGCUCGGAGACCAGGCUGGAAAUCCUUAAGCUCAAGGCCCACAUCUUCCUUCUAACUGAGGAACUUAAUUUGAUAUUUGACGCUAUCAAGUUAGCCCAAGAUCGAGCCGAUGAGCGCUCGGACCAGAAGUCGGCGCUUCUGCUUCUAGCUUCUUCUUCGGACAUUUCGUGGCAAAUGCUGGACGAACAGCGAGAACUUCUUGCAAAGCUCGCAGUCCGUGAAAUCGAUUUCUCUUGGCUCAGCAAACAAGAUAGUUCGACGUUGACCAAUCUCGUGGUAGGAGACCUUCAGGCGUUUGACGGCUCUCCUCAUGCCUCUUGGCCUGAGAUUGUGUCCAAAUUUGAGGAGCCAUCUAAUCACCCCAUGUCCAAGAGAGGAGUCUUUCUUGAUGCUGAUUGGGCAGUGCUUGCCCCUGUAGGGGGGAUUAGUAUCUAUGAGAAAUUCCAGCUCGAUUUCCAUCCAAUCAGGCUUCAGUUAGACGCUAGCCUCGGUCAGCGAAUCAUGGAAUAUGUCUGGCCGGCGCGGAGAAAUAGGAACAGGAGCAGCGACACUACAUCUGCAUGCGAUACGCACCAUCCCAAACCCCGAGCGUCAUUGGAUUCUUCAAAGCCCCUGCAUAAACCACGCCCAUCACUGGAUUCCACCAGCCUUGCUCCUCCUUUACGGAAGUUGGGCUCGUCAAGGUCGUUCACAGAUCUGCGGGGUGCGGCGGCGGAUUCUAUGAUCACACCAUCUCCUACUACACAAUCUAAUCAGCGUUCGUUAACAUCAAGCCCUGACGCGCUGGAUGAGGGUCAUCGGCAUAGGCACACGACAAUGCGCCAGGGAUCGUUAGACCAUAAGACCGAUUUCGACGAGAUGAAAACGCGCUCCUCACAAAAAAACUUCGUGCUUGUAAAGAUUUCCAGUUUGGAGUUGCUGCUAAGCAUCAUGAAGGCUUCAUCUUUUGAAUGUCGUGAUGCGCGCAUUCGAACACACGCGUUGGAGAUCAGAAACCAGACCUGGAGUUUUGAAGAAUUAGUUGAACAGUUUAUCCCAUCGGAUCUCACGUGGAAAGGCUGGGUCAAGAUAGCUUUGCAUCAACCAUUGGUUCCGGUCUUCCCUGUGGCCCGAGAGUUAUUCUCAAAGACGAAGCUAACCGCUUCCAAAAACGUCUCGCAGCUAGAUCCUCGACCCCCUCGGAAGAUACUGAAGCUGAAACCGAAGCGAACAGACACCAACUCAGCAGCCCCACCAACUAGACCGAGGAGAUCAUCCUCAAGCGGUACCAAUCCCAGUAGAUUUAUUGGAAUGUCCCUCACGGACGAGCCGACCGUCAUGGAUGAAUUGACUCUUUCCCCUACUGUGCCAGAUAUUAAUCGACCGUCAAGCCGGGCUCGGCUGCUCAGUGUUUUCAAUCGCGGCAGAAGGAGUCUAGACAAUACCCCCAACUCGGGACGUCAGUCUGUGGAUCAUUGUGAUCCCGACUCUCCAGUGCCCAAGGAUGGUCCUUAGUGGAUGCUCGCGAGGAUAUCUCACUUUUAACUCUGCACCAUUAAUUUGCUUCGGCAUACUUAGGUAGUAUUCGAUAUUCUACCAAACGUUUGUUAUCGGCAUCUUCCUUGCAAUAUACAUAUCAGGCACGGUUUAGUCAA